AGGUGGCAUGUAUCCCGUGGAAUUAGACGACAUGCACGCAAGCUGGCUUGGACUUCACGGUUAUCAAAUAUAUGAGGUGGCAUGUAUCCCGUGGAAUUAGACGACAUGCACGCAAGCUGGCUUGGACUUCACGGUUAUCAAAUAUAUAUAUAUAUAUAUAAACUCAAUCACUGAAGAGGUUAAAUAUGUUAAGUGAGUUGAAUUCUCCACUUUGAGGUUUAUACUAUUUUGGACCAAUGAUCUAAAUUCAAUAGUGUGAUUUCGUACGCCAUUUUGCUAUCUGCAAUUUGGAGUUUUGCUGAGACUAGAAAAAUGAGUCAUUAUAUGGCCUCUCUGCUAGUGCAGAUACCACGAGACACAAGCCUUCUGCCAGGUGUCAAUGUGAAUGGCAUGUCAUAUUUCUUUUUUAAAUUCAAAUAUUUACGUGCAAUUGCACUCAGUUCAUAGUAUCUUCCAUAAAUCAUAAGUAGUGGCUGAUAAGACUGAUAAGACUGCUGCGUUAACAUAUGAAGAUAAUGUAACUUAGUUCCUUAGUUUUAGAUAGGAUAGAAGCAGUUAUCUAUUAGUAGUUGUCAGUAAUUAUCUGUAGUAGUUAUCUACAGCAGUAACUGCGUAUGUCUGAGUUUAAAUAGGAGAAUCUGGUAGAGUUCUAAAGACGGAAGAAAAAUAUUAUCAUUGUCUUUAUAUCUGGAGAUUUGUCCACUCCAUACGGACUUGGUUAUUGAUUAAUAUAGUGUUUAAAAUCAUUGCACUUUAUUUAACUAGUAAUAUUUCCUUCUCUAUCUCUUCUGCAUCCUAGUUUCUAUCAUUAGUAUCAGAGCAGUAAGAUCUGUCAUGGUUAAUACACGGGCUAGCUCUUCCCAUAGCGAACCUAUCAUGUCGACUACUGAUCAGAUCAGCCAACAACUGACUACUAUAGCAGCAAAAUUGGAAGCCAUGGAUGCUUUGGCUGCUGAUGUGGCUGCAUUAAAAACACAAAACAGUCAGAAUCAACGAGGAAAAUCUAAAGUUUCACCGGAAGAAGGUGACGUUGAAAGCACUUGGAAGCAUCAAGAAACUUAUCGGCGUCCUCACACGAAGAUGGAAUUUCCAAAGUAUGAGGGGGGGGGGGGGAGAUCCCAGAGGUUGGAUUCUGAAAGCGGAGAAAUAUUUUCAAAAUUAUCAAACACCUGAUGAUUGUAAGGUUGAUGUGGCUUCAAUGUCUUUGGAAGGAGAUGCACUAGAUCUUUUUGCUUGGAUCAACAGUGAGAGAACCAUCUAUUACUGGGAUGAGUUGGUUAAAGUUAUGCAAGAAAAUUACGGACCCGUUGAGUUUCAAAAUCCAGAUGAACUCCUGUGUGGAAUCCAACAGACUGGAUCAGUGUUUGAGUAUAGGCAAGAAUUUGCAAAACGGGCAGCCCGUGUGCAAAACUGGCCAGAACACUGUCUGCUUGGAGUUUUCCUUAGUGGGCUCAAAGAAGACCUUCGCGUGGAAGUUAUGAUUCACAAGCCUCCAUCUGUGUAUAAGGCAAUGAGUCUGGCUCUAGAAUAUGAAGGAAAACAUGAAACUAAUCAGUCCAGUAAGGUAACCGAUUGGCCUUCUAUAUCACGACCUUCAUCAAUUGGAACUUCCUCUCCAAUGGUUCAAGAAUCCUUUAAUUUUCAGUCAUCUCGUCAACCAGUACACUCUUUUCAACAAUCAUCGCUUCCAAACAUUCGUCAUCUAAAUUCUGAACAACAAAUUCGCCAAGAAAAAGGCCUAUGCUAUCGUUGUGGAUGCAAGUUUGCCCCAGGUCAUCGCUGCAAACUUGGAACGUUUGUAUCUUUGGAAUUAAUGCAAGAGGAGAACACACAGUAUCCUUCUUUUCGCCUUAAGGACAAGGUGAUUUUUCAGGGGGAAUGCACUGGGAUCAUCGAGCCUAUAGAGCUGCUCUCUUCGAUAACUAUGAUAGUAUUGAGGAGGGUGGUAUAAGGGCUUCAUCUUCUUAUCCCCGUGAUCUUGAUGAACGAGACAAUGGCAAAGCUGUGGAUAGCUUACAUGACAGAGUCAGCUUUUUAAAGAAAUUAACUGGUGACAUUCAUGAGGAGGUGGAGACCCACAACAGGAUGCUAGACCGAAUGGGGAAUGAGAUGGAUUCAUCUAGAGGAAUCAUGUCAGGAACCAUGGAUCGAUUCAAGAUGGUGUUUGAAAAGAAAUCAAAUCGGAAAGUGUGCAAACUUGUUGGCUACUUUGUACUUUCCUUUUUCCUAAUAUACUACAUAUUUAGGUUUCUCAUGUAUUUCAUGUAUGGUUGAGGGGCAGGAUCACUAAGACAGUAAGAUUGUUCAUCAAAAUCAGUUGGUCACACCACAAAACACGACAUAUAUAACAGGAACCUUCUUCAUUCUUAUCGGUAAAAGCUGGCACUGUAAAUAUUAUAUUUCAUGUUGUGUCAAGUAAUCAAAGACGUAUGAUGUUCGCGUUGAAAAUGAAGAGAUUUUUAUACAUUCUUUGACAAAAUCAUACAAAAAGCAAUAUGGUGCAACUUGAUAAAAGAAUUGUUGGUAUUCUGACCUGUAUAGUAAGCGUAUUUCGAUGUUAUGCUGAUGAGGACUUCUAUAUUUUUUAACUGAAAAUGUUGAAAGUCAGGGAGUUUUACCA